UCGCUUUCAUAACCGACUCAAGUCACCUCGAAUAUAUCAGCCCAGCAAAACGUGGUGAACUGAAUGCAGACACAAGACAUUUACGUUUCUUCAGACAAUGAGGAGGGUGUCCAUCUUGCUGGUGGGUUUUGUUGCAGUUAAUCUUUGUUCAUCGCUUCUCAGGAGAUCAGGAAAUGAACCGUCUGGAAAGAAUGAAGACCUGCAUACUCUGCUCCGUGAUUUCUUGUCCCGGGAGGCAAGCCGACGGAACCCCGUACCAACCCAAGCCAACGUAAACCUGGACCCAGACUUAGAACAUGAUCUUGACCCCGAGUCUGAAGCUGAAAACGAGGCGGAGAGACAGUCUGUUGACCUACCAGACGGGCACCAUCAGCCAACGAACAUCCACCCAUACAACAAGACUGAACACAAAGCAGAGCUCCUGGACAGACACAGGGCUCACAACAAGUUUCAGUUCCUGAAACGAUUGCAAACGCACUCUGUGUCAAGAAACUUUGGAAUCAAACGAGCGGUGUGGCGGAGAGGAGUUAUUCCCUAUACAAUAGACGAAGACUCUUACGGUAAUUCUAAACGUCUGGCAAUUAGACUGAUAAAGGGAGCUGUAGACAUCAUUCAGAGGGAGUCCUGUGUUCGCUGGGUGGAACGGACCACACAAAAAGACUACGUAGUUUUUCAGAACCAACCAGAGUGUUCUUCAUAUAUUGGUCGAAUUGGUGGCAUGCAAACAAUAUCUCUAGACGCUGACGGUUGUUUAGAAAUGGGCACCGUUCUCCAUGAAAUGCUACAUUGUAUGGGAGCUAUACACGAACAGUCCAGAAGUGAUCGAGCAGAUAACAUCAGAAUUCGAUGGGACAACACACAACCUUCUCAAUCAUACAAUUUUGAUAUGGGAUAUACAGUGAACGAUCGGCCGUACGAUCUCUGGUCCUUGAUGCAGUAUGGACUGAAGGAUUUUGGAUUAGAUGAAGAAAAGAAAACUAUGGAGUUACAAGAAAACUCUCUCGAAUAUUUAACAACUAAUAUCAAAGACAAUCUGGAUCUAAACGACAUCUCAGAAAUAAACGAAGCAUACCAGUGCACAAAGGACUGCCAAACCCGGUGUCAAUAUGGCGGAGUAGUGAAACAGUCGGGUUCAGUGUGCAGCUGUGUUUGUCCAGACGGACUACAGGGAGCAGAUUGUUCUCAGUUAAACACUACCACAGGUUGUGGCGGCAUCAUGCACGUGACAGAUGAGAUGCAUUUUAACAUCAGCCUUCACAACUACGACACAGGCCUGUUAUGCACGUGGCUGAUUAUAGCACCAACUGGGAAAAGAGUUAAGGCUACAAUUCUAGAUAUGGAUCUCCCGAGUAGCUCAAAAUACGACUGUUAUCAUUGGCUGGAAUUCAGGGACUAUCUGAUUGGAGCUCCAGGAAAGGAGAAAUGUGGCACGGUGGGCGGGACUGUGUUCAGGAAGGCGAUACAUGGCGACCCGUCCGUCAUGAUGAUCAGAUUCAACAGCUUAAGGUCCAGGACUCCGGGUCGGGGGUUUGAUGUCAAACUGGAGGCAUAUUCUUCAGGAUGUGUGAGCAGACCCUGUUUACAUGGCGGCGAUUGCUUAGAGCUAGAAAAUGGAGGAUUUCAUUGUAGAUGUAAAAAUGGCUUCUCGGGCGCUACCUGUAAUUACUUUUCAGCAAAAGCCAUGACAAGCUGCUCGUUUAAUGACGAUUUUCAGUCAUGUGUGUUUGUCCAGGAAGCGGACUCUGAGGUGAACUGGACACUCAGCUCCUAUGGUAUCUUUCCCGGAAACAGAGCUGGCCAUCCUUAUUUGAUCAUGUUUGCAGAGGAUUUUGGAAAGGAAGCGAGACUGAAGACGCAUGCAAACUUUGAAACAGCAAAUCGGUGUCUCCACUUUCGGUAUUUCUUUGCGUCAACUGACGAGGAAGCUGGGGAUUCUGAAAUCAGUGUUCACUACAGAGGGUCCUCCGCCAACAAGUGGACACACUUGCAGUCAUUCAAGGGUUCGGAGUUCGCUAGCUGGACUUAUGAAUUCGCUUCCCUCGAUAUUCCACCAGUUGACGGCCUGCAGUUAUAUUUACGAUACGUCGCCGGUUACCAUACAACGAUACUGGAUGAAAUUGCUGUUUUGCCUGGGAAAUGUGACGACUGGGUGUGUUAUGAUAACCCGUGCACACACGGCGGUACCUGUGAAUCACUGGAGCCGCCAGGGGAGUUCAUUUGUCACUGUAAGCCUGGAUUUAGUGGACCAACCUGUAACGAAGUAACAGCUGAUGCUACAAUCAUCUGCACGUUUGAUCGUAUUUUCGAGGAAUGCAUAUUUUACCAAGAAAGUAUAAGUUCCGAAUUUGUGUGGCAGACUCAAUUUCAAAAGGAAAGUGGUCGAGGGGAAAUUUUGCAGCCACCAUUUUUGUAUACUGCGGAAUUUGAGGAAAUGGAUGCAAGAUCUUUUUUAGAUAUCAAUGUAGAUCUUACAGAAGCAGAACGUUGUUUAGAGUUUCAGUUUGUUUUCUUUCGUCCUUCCGAGAAGAACAAAUAUUCUGAAAUUCGAGGGGAAUACCAUGAUCCUGAUACAAACGACUGGGAGGUUUUGGGGAGUUUCAGUGGAGAUGACAAAGAUAAAACCACAGCAGCUCUCACAUUGCCCGCCAUACAGAAUCUGCAGAUAUCAAUUGUUGUGAUUGCUAGAAAACAGAGGGUGGCAAUCGAUAACAUUCUACUGCGCCCUGGAAAGUGUGAUCAAACAGAAAAGGAUGCUAAUUUUGCAUGCACAUUCGAAGAAGAGGAAAGCAAUUGCUUCCUUGAAGACUCUCAAAAUGAUGAUUUUGAUUGGAAAAGAAAAUCGGGAAGAACGGGGUCUCGCUACACCGGACCCCAGGCCGCCGAGCAGGGGGACUACUAUGUAUACACCGAGGCCUCCAGACCCCAGAGAUCUGGAGACGUUGCCAUACUGGAGAGCAACGCUGUCUUUGAAGAUGAACGAUACUGCUUUCGAAUGUUUUAUCACAUGCUUGGUGAACACAUGGGAACACUUCUUGUCAAAACGAAAACUGACGAUGGCGAGGAGGAGGUUCAUUUUGAAAAGUCUGGAAACGUGGGGAAAAAUUGGAACCGUCUUGAAUUGAAUCUUGAUCUAAAGCCGGGCUCAAAGAUUUUAAUUGAAGGAGUGGUUGGGUCAGGGUACCAAGGAGACAUGGCCUUGGACAACAUCUCUCUGACCAGCUGUUACUGCUCGGGGGAGUGCUAGCACCCUGGGAGAAGGCGAUGAUUUCAUGAACAUAAACUCUCUCUUUAUGCAUGUUUAUAUACCAUCUUUUUCAUGUACAUAUGUUUAUCAAAAAGGAAUGUUUUGUCAAAGCAACUAAAAUUGAAUACUAGGAUGCGUACAAUGAACGUACACAAAAACAGUUAUUAUUCCAAUUUGAUUUUUUGCGACUUCUUUGUGGCAUCGAUUACCAUAACGAUGAGUUGAUAUUAUUUAUAUUGCUGCGCUAUAUUUUCCAUUAUCAUAGCUUCUGCAAUUUCUAUAUGUCAUUCUAUUCUUCGAUUGCAAUACAUUUUUGGGUUGAUUCGUUUUAAUAUUGAAUCUUUGUUCUUGAAUUGAACAUGCAUGAGGACAGGACUGACCCCCUCCCUUUCCAUCCCCCACCCAAAAGUAUCUAGACCCCCGGGACUUUACUCCUUUUUUCCGUUAAAUUUUCCAUUUAUGAUAUAUU